AGAAGAAUAACCCGGAAGUUGGUGGAUGCAGGCGCUAGUUAGCUAGCUACUUCACUUCAAAAUACUGAUUAAAAUAUGUCCAUAUGCCAUUUCUGAUACGGUUGGGAUUGGCAUAGACAUACUGUCAACAAAAAAACAUGUAACUCUAACGAGCUAGACGCGAGGAGGAACAAAACAACUUUUGUUAAUUUAGCUUGUUUAGCUAACAAGUUAGCUGUCAAAUAGUUUCCACGACAACUGUUCGGGCCCCCAGUUCUGCGGUGACAGUUGGUUUCGGUGGAAAUUUCUCCAAACCACAAAAGUCUACAGAAGAACUGCUGGGUCGAUUCACAAUGGAUGAGGACGGUGAUGGCAGAUCCAGCCUGUCUAACUCCUGUCCCACUCGACCUAAACCCACACAGUCACCAGUUCCUGUCAGGAACCAGAGAACACUGCAGGGCUCCAAGCUGCUAGAAGUUGACUGGGAUUCUCUUUUUAGAGAGAGACAACCUCCACCAGGAGCAGCUAAACAACACCAGGAGAAUCAGCAGAAAUCCAAGACAUUUCACGCCUGUCCAGUGUGUGGAAGACACUGCCAAAAGUUAUCCAUCCUGCAGAUCCACAUGAGAAUCCACACGGGAGAGAAGCCGUACCCUUGCCCCGACUGUGGCAAGAAGUUCGCUCACCUGGGAGCCAUGAGACGACACCACCUCACACACACCGGAGAGAAGCCUUACUCCUGCUCUGUGUGUGGGAAGAGUUUCACCCAAUCCGGACAUCUGAAAGAGCACCAACAGUCUCACUCCGGAGAGAAGCACCACUGUCUGAUCUGUCUGAAACAGUAUAUCAGAGCAGAAGAUCUGAAGAUUCACCACAGAGUUCACACGGGAGAAAGGCCCUACCGCUGUGCAGAGUGUGGCAAGAGCUACAUCAGGUCAAAGAAUCUCCGGGCUCACAAGCUGACUCACCAGAGGACAGGACGUGGUGGUAAAAGUGACAGGGAGAUGGCAGCUACUAUCCAGGUGAAAGUGAAGGAGGAGGAAGAAGAGGAAGAGGUUGGUGGUUUCAUCAAUGCUGAAGGAGAGGAGGAGGAAGGGGAGGUUGGUGGUUUCAUCAAUGCUGAAGGAGAGGAAGUUGGCUGGAGUUUCCCUGAUCUCAGUGAGAGUCCUGUCCAUGACUCUGGUAGUGAAGGAGGAAGUACCCCUACAUCACACAUCAACAAGGAUCCUGGUCACCAAUCCAGCACCAAAGCUAUAGAGUCCCAGGGUCCCGAUCCAAGACAUGAGGAGGACAUCACUCAAACACCUGGGAUGAACAUUCAUAUUGUAGAAGAGGGGAAGGAGGAAGUGAAAGAGGAGGAUGAAGUUGGUGGUUUCAUCAAUUCUGAAGGAGAAGAAUUUAACUGGGAUUCUGUUCAACAUAGAGAGAGCCCUAAAUGUGGCUUAGACAGCAGAGCGAGUCCCGCCACAUCAGAACAUCCUGAACACCAGGAGAGUCACAAAACGAAGACGUCUCACUGCUGCUCGGUGUGUGGCAGAGAGUGCUACAAGCUCUCGGUACUACAGAUCCACAUGAGAAUCCACACGGGAGAGAAGCCGUACCCCUGCCCCGACUGUGGCAAGAAGUUCGCUCACCUGGGAGCCAUGAGACGACACCUCCUCACACACACGGGAGAGAAGCCCUACUCUUGCCCUGUGUGUGGGAAGAGUUUCACCCAAUCCGGACAUCUGAGGGAGCACCAGCAGUCUCACAGUGGAGAGAAGCCUCACCUGUGUCUGGUCUGUGGGAGAGGGUUCUCUAGAGCGUCAGACCUCAGGAUCCACCACAGAGUUCACACAGGGGAGAGGCCGUACAGCUGUGACUACUGUGGGAAGAGAUACGGCCGCUGUCAGAAGCUACGGGCUCACCAACGGACACACCACAGUGACAGGGACGCACGCUGA